AUGAAAAUAUUUACUUCGCUUUUAAUCAUUCUCUCAAUACUUUGUUGUUUUGUCAAAUCUCAAAAAUUUAUUAAUUUUAUUCCAUACCAAGACUAUGAAUGUUUAACACCUUCAUUUGGUAUUGGAUAUUCAAUUUCAACAUCUCAACCAUGUAUAUAUAAUUUAGGAAAUGGUCCAUCUGCUACACCAAUGUCUUACACUGCAACUUGGGAAUCAUUUUCUGUAAAUGAAACAUAUCUUUAUUUAAAGACUUACAACUACACUGAUAUGGCUUGUCAAAGUGCAUUACAACAAUAUUCGAUGUUAAAUAACUCAUGCACCUUUAGUUCUUUCUUACCAUUACCAUUCAAUGGUACAGUGGUUAGUGUCACUUUCCAAUAUUCUUUAGUUUCUCUCACUGAUGAACCAGUAUAUCCUCCAAAUUCACUUUUAUUCUCACAAUAUGCCGAACCAAAUUUUAACGUUUGUGAUAAUAGUGAUCUUAUGUUUACUACUACAAUUUCAAAUGGUUUGAAGGUAGUAAAUGGUGAUUAUUCAACUUCAUAUAUCUGUAAUAAUAAUACAGCAUAUCUCGAUAACUGUAUCAAUCGUACCAAUUGUAAACUUUCAAAUGUUACAUUAUCUUGUAAUCAAGCUGGUAAUGCUAACAAUCAAGUAAAUUAUUGUUAA